GUUUCUCUCCCCUCCCCAUCAGCCCAGCGCACAUGCCCUGGCUCGCUCGCUCGCUUCUGUCCAAGAUCUCUAUCCUACGGCGCGAUCAAUGUCGGUCCUCACGAGUGCCCUCAUCGAUGCAGUCCUUGCCGACGACAGCUGUCUCCAGAGCCCAUCGUCCCUCACCCGCGAGGCCGCGCGCUGCUGUCUCUUGCAGCUCGAUCGCCUCCUCGCUGCACUAUCCGAGCCCGUCUCACCGACGGCAUCAUCUCGAUCGGCGCUCGAGCGUCUCGUCCUGAGCCCCAAGCUGGCCAAUCUCGUCGUGCUCUCGAACAACACAUUUGCCGCAACGCUUGCCCGCAAGAUCGUCUUUCUUCUGCUGACCAAUCCCGAUCUCCAUCAAAGCAAUCUGCAACGCGUGCUCUACCUGCGACGAACGUUUGCUUCUGUCCUUGCACGCCUCAACUGGAAUGCGCUCAUGCUAUUCCAUGAUUUGCUGAAGCACUAUCGCACUCGCUACGCCACCGCCUCCAGCACCAGCGAUGACGAUGCUGACGACGAAGACGAUGCUGAUAGCGACGAAAGGGGUGAUGACGACGACGGAGAUAGUAGCCCAAGCAUGUUGGCUGGCCGUGGUGUCCUAUCUCGGGCGGCGAAUGCUCUCGGCCGCAAUGACUUUUUCAUUCUGCUCAACUGUCUUGGUGAAAGCUCAAGACUGUCCCCUGGAUCUGGACCGGGGGCGAGAUCACCGCUGAUUGAAGUUCUCCGUAGCUCGACGGAGUCCCAUGUCCUUGUGCCCUGUGUCGGUGUCCUUAUCGACCUCCUCAAGAGUCAUCGCAUCGCAGCAGCCCUGGGCGAUUCGUUCCGGCUGCCGCUCCAAUUGUGCCUAUCGAUGAUAACAGAAAGCAUGAGUACGAUCAUCGCCCUGUUUGCGCACAACAAACCCGCCCUUUCGAGAAAGGUUGCGGAGCUGCUGUAUCGAUGGUCUCGACUGGCACCUCGCCAGCAGCUUGCUGGUUUCGUCAGUCUCCUCGUCCAGAGCCAUUUGCCGUUUCCAUCUCGAGAGGAUAGCGAGCCUGAAGCCACAGCUUUCCGGAGUUGGUUCUUUGAAGAAUCCCGCUGCCGGUCCUAUACCGAGUUUGUCUUUGAUUUGGGAAGCAUAUACGACAAAGAGUCGCUGAAACAAUUUGUCAUGUUGCUCAUUGGCAUCCUGGCACCCGAUACCGACGCCGGCGGAGACGGAGCACACCCAUGUCUUUGCCAGAACAGCAGCUCUCAUUCGAUCCUGCUGCUUUCUACUCUCCGGCAGCGGUAUCCAGCGAUGCUGGAGUCGCCCCAGCUGGCCAAGUGGCUGUUUUCUUUGAUGGAUGACAACGACUGUCAGCUGAUCCAGGUGCUGUUGGAUCUCCAGGCGCUCUCAAGCUUGGUCCGAUUGUGCUGCAGACGCUCGACAUCCGAUCCGAUCUCCUGGCUGGUGGACCUGCUCGAUACAAGGCUGCAUCCGCUGCUCAUGUUCUCCACUUUUUGUGAAAGCGUCGCUCACGAUGAAUCGGUGCUUCUGGACUUUUUGAUCUCGGACGAGACUGCCUUCCUCGAGUACUUGCUUGCAUUUCUCAAGUUGGAUCUGUCCGUUAGAAGCAGCAAGGUCUCGUCCGAUCUGUCUCUCGGUGUCGAUUAUGGCGAUGACACCGAUGACGCCCGGAGCUCCAAAGAAAGAAGGCAGAUGCCAAUCGACUCUGAACGGCUCUCAAUGCUGCGAGACACCAUCGCCAAUCUCCAUCAAACAGUCACCUCGCUGUGCCGUCGCGGGCUGUUUCCUUAUGACGCCGGCUCGCUGACCCGACGUAUGGAGCAGUGGAUCGAUCGAUGACGAGACGAAUACAGCGUAUCCAAAACGAAACGGGACGACCUAUUGUGACCUCUCGCUGCUUUCUGGUCCUGAAUACACACCAUCCAUUGCCCACCACAACCAAACAGCGUGUGCCACAGUGCCGGGAAGCCAAGC